AGUCCACCCAAAGUUGAACCACCAUUCUACCCUCUACCCAGACCAACUACUGAUAUACUCCAAUUCCACCACCACAUUGCACUACACACUACACAUCCACAAUGAUGCGACCACCGAUACCACGCAGCCUCUACAACCGGGUCUCUCUCCCACGAGCAGCCCAUCGCUCCCUCUCCACAUCAACCUUCUCCAACCACCUCUCUCACCACUCAACAAAUAAGAUCAACAACCUACGAACCACCAGACCAAGAAUCUCAAACUCUUCGACCACCUCACUCUCCCAAUUAACAAUCCAAAAACGUCCCUUCCUUUCCUCCUUCCUCCCCAACUCCGACUCCGCCUCCAAAACCCGCCACCUCACCGCGACCCGAACGCUCCCACACGCCCCCGCUCCUCUCUUCGACAUCAUCUCCUCCGUCGAAUCCUACUCCUCCUUUCUCCCCUUCCUAACCGCCUCAACCGUCACCCACCGUGACCCAACAACCAACUACCCGACCCGCGCCUUCCUCACCGUCGGCUACGGGCCCCUCAGCGAAACCUUCACCUCCAAGGUGACCUGCGACGCGGAGAACUGGGUCGUGGAGGCGCAAAGCGGCGCCAAGUACGGCGUGGGCAAGAAAGACGGACAGGGGUUUCCGGGUGAGGAUGAGGGGCUCUUUGAGUACUUGAGUACACGGUGGGAGUUGCAGAGUCAGGGUGAGGGUAAGGGGACGGUGGUGAAGCUGGAUAUUCGGUUUGAGUUCCGCAGUCAGCUGCAUGCUGCUAUGAUGGGCGCCGUGGAGGGACAGAUGGCUGGUGUUAUGGUCGAGGCUUUUGAGAAGAGGAUUUAUGAUGUGUUGGGGAAGGCUUGAGCUGUCUUUUCAUUCUUUUGUGGAUCUAUUGUUGAUGCAUGAGGUGGACAGGAUGUAUUAUAAUAUUGUUGUGAAGGGAAAGGAAAGGGAUAUGAUA